AUGCUCAAUGAAACAAAAGAAAUGGUCAAUGAACUUCGCACAAUCUAUCAUGAAGUUAAAGAAUUGCUACUCAAUGUUCGUAAUCAAGUUACUGAAAGACCAGACAUGAAAUCUGUACCAACGGAAAACGGAGUGAAUAUGGAUCCAGGUUCAUUGCUUUCAAACUCCCAACCUGUACUCAGUCCCGGUAGUUUACUUCCAAGUAUUCGACUUGCAAUGGAAUAUUCUGGUAAAUCAAUGACACCGUCAAAUGAAAUCUCUCAAAUAAUAUCUAAUCUACCUGAUGAUCCACUUGUCAAAGCGACAACUGCACUAAUUGAAGUUAAUCGACGGCGUAAUAAUUUAGAAAAUAAUCUUGCCACACUAGAAUCUUCCAAUACUGAUCAGUCUAUAUUUGGAUUAUUGGAUUUAAUGAGUAAAGAUAAAUCAUCAGCUGACAAAGCUCGUAUACAAGCUAUGAUUAAUGAUGCCAUUGACAAAGUAGCUCAAGAAAAAGUAAGUCUCAUGAUCAUUAAUAAUUUCUUUUCUGUAGAUCCAAAUCAUGAGAGGUAUAAACCAAUAAUCAAGUGA